ACGCAAGGUCCAAUCUACUGUUAUCGAUUUGCCACCGAGAAAUGGUGCGGCGGCUAACACGGAAAAAAUUAACAGGCAAUAUUCUGGCAACACUGGGUGUCUAUGGUCUAUUUCUGCCAAAGUCAACUUAACAAUAAAUAGAACUACUCUACAAAUAAGUGUGCAAUAUCAAAAUAAUCGUUCACCUACAUAAACAACAGUAUCUGAUAAUCGAUAGCUGAGAAAAUUUUAUUAUCUCGGCUGGAAGUUGUGUCAUGGAUUCUGCGGGGAAUUGGUGUCUCAUUGAGAGUGAUCCAGGAGUCUUCACACAAUUAAUACGUAAAUUUGGUGCCAAAGGUGUGCAAGUUGAAGAGUUAUGGACUAUUGAUGAUGGAAUAUUUGAAAAUUUAAGACCUGUGCAUGGGCUUAUAUUUUUAUUCAAGUAUUUACGGCAAGAAGAGCCUUCAGGAACUGUUGUGACAGAUAGCCGUCUUGAUAAUAUCUAUUUUGCAAAACAAGUGAUAAACAAUGCAUGUGCAACUCAAGCUGUCAUCAGUUUAUUGCUUAACUGCACCCAUCCUGACGUGGACCUGGGGCCUGAACUCACCAAGUUAAAGGAAUUCAGCAUGUCAUUUGACCCUAAGAUGAGGGGGCUGACACUAAGCAACUCCCAGACCAUACGUAGUGCACACAAUUCAAUGUCACAACAAGUCAUUUUUGAGAUGGACCCUAAAAUGGCUACAAAGGAGGAAGAUGCUUACCACUUUAUUGGCUACAUGCCGAUAAACGGGCGUUUGUAUGAGUUGGAUGGUCUCCAGGAGGGUCCCAUAGAUCACGGUCCUAUUGCACCGGAACAGGACUGGCUUGACGUGGUGAGGCCGAUAAUAAUGAAGAGAAUAAGUGUAUACACCGACGGUGAAAUGCAUUUCAAUCUAAUGGCAUUAGUGUCGGACAGGAAGAUGAUUUAUGAACGUCAACUGGAAGAGUUGUUGAAUGAGUCACAGAUUCUCGGCGGGAUGGAAACUGAUGAGCUCGAGAACGAGAUCCCCCGUCUGCGGAUGCUGAUCGAAUACGAAGACGUGAAGAUGGCCAGGUACCAGCAAGAGAUGGCGCGCAGGAGGCAUAACUAUUUACCAUUUAUUAUAGUAUUGCUAAAGAUUCUUGCUGAAGAAAAGAAGCUGAUGCCUUUAUACGAAAAGGCGAAAGAGCGCGCUGCUAAGAAGGGUCCGAAGAAAAUGAAAGUAUAACAGGAACCUUGGGCGGGACUGAGGGUAGACAGCGCUCGAGGAACUCAACGCGUCUCCCAGUCCAGCCCCUCUCGCGCGAUGCAGGCGACACAACCAAUGCAUUAUUGUCUAGGACCCUUUGAUCCUGUUUACAAUGAUUCUAAUGAACUUCAACAACAGCUACAAGAUAUUGACAGGGAAUUUCGGGAAACGCAAUUGACUAUUGAUGACGACAUUACCCAAGACAGGCCCAUCAUUGGUAACAUAGACCCGAAUGUAGACUUACAUGAUGAAUUAGAUGAUAUACUAGUAGAUGACACCAUUGAAUCACAUAUGAUGCUUGGACAUGAUCCCAUGGAUGUCAUUGAAGAACCGCCAACCAAAAUAGACUCGCAAGACGUGAAGGAAGACCAAAAUUUUGAUUAGUUGGUAAAUGUCAAUUUCACUACCAUGAUCUAUAUAAAACUCAAUGUCGAUAAAAUGUUAUACUUUUGACCAUAAAUGUAUGUGUACUGUUUAGUUUAGCUUGAUAAAAUCAAAUGUCUUUUUUAAACUUAAUCAAAACGUCGAUUUGAUAUAGGUUAAAAUAAGCAUCUUAUUAUUAUGAAUGCGCAGAUCCUGCAAAAUUGCAUGGUUCAUCAUUAGUACUUGUUAUUGGCAAUUUCCAUUGCGGCUAUCUCAACUUUACAUUACACCUGACAUAGAUUAACGCCAAUAGGAAUUAAUCUGUACGGAUGUUGACUGAUUUUAAAUAUUACUCAAUUGCACUAUUACUAAAGUGAAAUUAGGUCAAACAAUUCUAAAUAAAUAUUCGAUAUCAAAGAUUAUAUGGAAUCUCCCCUUUUUUCUUAAAAUUGAUGGAAAUGUCGACUGGAACAUAUGGCGACGUAGGUAUAUAUAGUCUUUUUUGUCUAAUUUGGAAUUUAAGUUUAUGUCUCUCUGAAGACUGCAGUAAAGCUUGUUACAAAAAUAAGUCGCAUAUAAUACAUAAGCUUGUUACAAUAAAAGUUGUUCGAAAGCUAAUUGUGUUGUCAUAAUAAUGAUGAUGUCCGACGGAUUUGGAUCAUGGCGACAACUUGAACGAUUUUGAACUCGUCUGUGUGUUCGCAUGUGGCAUAUGUAUCCAAUCUUGAUUAUUUAUUGAUUGAAAACGUUCAAAUUAAAAUAAAAAUGAGUCAACAUCCGUAUCGUAAUAUUUUUCAAUGUGUAGAUUUUUUAUAAAUAUAAAUCAGUAUAUUCAUCAGUAAUAUAUAUGUAGCAGUUUAAUAUAACAAUAUUUAAUCUAUUGUAAUCAGUACAUUGUAUUCUAUUCUGGGUACUUAUAUGUAUAUACCAAAUCAAUGGUAUUGUCAUUUCAAGUAAUUAUCUGCAGUUUAUUGAUGUCAUAGUCGUAUGUAGUGUUAAACAUAUAAUUGUAUUCGCUUGAGGCUGCCGUCUUUUUAAGUUUAUUUGUUGUUAAAAGCAUUUAUUACGAAAUAGUAUUUUUAGAGAUACCAGGUUUAAAAAUUUAUCCAAAUGUAUCAAGUUGUUGUUUGGCGUCGGCAAAUUGAGUGACGGCAGUCCUAUUGUGCUUUGUAAUUGUAUGUAAAUUAUUUUAAACAGCGUAUUGUUGUUAUUUUAAAUGGUGUAUUACUUAUAAUGAUGAAAUUAGAAUUUCACCUGUUGUAUGAACUUCUGUGUCCUGUUUACAAUUUUUGCAUGAAUAUAUUUAUAAACUGUGAA